AUGGGGAGGUCGCCGUGCUGCGAGAAGGCGCACACCAACAAGGGCGCGUGGACCAAGGAGGAGGACGAGCGGCUGGUGGCGUACAUCCGGGCGCACGGGGAGGGGUGCUGGCGCUCGCUGCCCAAGGCCGCGGGCCUGCUGCGCUGUGGCAAGAGCUGCAGGCUGCGGUGGAUGAACUACCUCCGCCCGGACCUCAAGCGCGGCAACUUCACCGACGACGAGGACGAGCUCAUCAUCCGCCUGCACAGCCUCCUCGGCAACAAGUGGUCUCUGAUCGCCGGGCAGCUGCCGGGCCGGACGGACAACGAGAUCAAGAACUACUGGAACACGCACAUCAAGCGCAAGCUCCUGGCCCGCGGCAUCGACCCGCAGACGCACCGCGCGCUCGGCGCCGACGCAGCGGCGGCUCCCGGCGUCGCGGCGCACCACCGGGCGGCGUCGGCGGCGCUGCUUCACAACGCGGGCGCCGUCAUCGUCCCGGCGGCCCCCGUCAAGCUCGCCGUGAAGCCGCCGGCGCCGGCGGAGUCGUCAUCCGACGACGGCGGCAGCAGCAGCGGCAGCAGCGGUAGCGGUAGCGGCGGCGGCACCAGCGCGGGGGAGCAGCCGCGGUGCCCCGACCUCAACCUCAACCUCGACCUGUCCGUGGGCCCAGCGGCGGCGGCGGCCGACACGCCCACCUCGCACUCGCAGCAGCCGCUGUGCCUGUGCUACCGCCUCGGCCUCCGCGCCGGGGAGGCGUCGUGCGGCUGCCAGGCUGAUGACGUCGCGGGGCAGCAGGGGUUUCGAUUUUUCAGGCCGUUGGAACAAGGCUAG